ACGUGCGGCCGGCGCGUCUCUAUCAAGACAAAGAACAGAGAAGCUCGGAUAACGACACACACAGAGGGAGUGUGACUUCAUUCACUGCAAACAGAGCCUGAGUUAAGAGCCGACACAAAGGAUUUCAUUGUUUGCUUGCACAAUAACAGAGGAGAGAGGAGAAUCCAAACGGAGUGACAGACAGGUUUGGACGUGCAGAGAGGAAUCCAGAGCAGGCACACCUCCUCCACCAUGACCUCCUACACUCGCUCUGUCACCUUCUCUAGUGGAAACCGCCUCGGCUCCAUGAGGGCCCCCAGUGUGUAUGGUGGCGCCGGAGGCUCCGGGGUCCGCAUCUCCAGCAUGAGUGCUCCCAGGAGCUUCUCCUCUGCUGGUGCAGGUUUUUCUGCUGCCGGUUCUGGAAGCGGUGGCUUCAACCUGGCUGAUGCCAUCGACAUCUCUGACAACAAGAAGGCAACCAUGCAGAAUCUGAACGACCGCUUGGCCUCCUACUUGGACAAGGUGCGCACCCUGGAGAAUGCUAACGCCGAGCUGGAGCUGAAGAUCAGACAGUUCCUGGAGAGCAAGACCAAACCUGAGGGGCAUGACUGCACCGCAUACAAGGCCGUCAUCUGUGACCUGCAAGACCAGAUCCUUGAUGCCACCCGUACAAACGGAUCACUCUAUCUUGCCGUUGACAACGCUAAACUGGCUGCAGAUGACUUUAGGGUCAAGUUUGAGAACGAGCUGGCAUUGCGUCAGGGCGUGGAGGCUGACAUUGCUGGGCUGAAGAGGGUCCUGGACGAGCUGACGCUGGGCAGGUCUGACCUGGAGAUGCAGAUCGAAUCACUGAGGGAGGAGCUGAUCCAUCUGAAGAAAAACCACGAGGAGGACCUGCUGGCUCUGCGCUCUCAGAUGAGCGGUCAGGUGAACGUGGAGGUGGACGCCGCUCCUCAGCAGGAUCUGUCCAAUGUCAUGGCUGGAAUCAGAGAACACUACGAGACCGUCGCCGCAAAGAACCGCAGAGACCUGGAAACCUGGUUCCAGGCCAAGUCAGAUGAGAUCAACAAGGAGGUCGCUGUGAGCACCGAGUCGCUCCAAUCAUCGCGCUCUGAGGUCACAGAGGUCAAACGCACGCUGCAGGGUCUGGAGAUCGAGCUCCAAGCACAGCUCAGCAUGAAAGCGUCUCUUGAAGGAACCCUCGCCGACACCCAGGGCAGGUACGCCAACAUGCUGGCGGGCUACCAGAGGCAGGUGGGCGCUCUGGAGGAGCAGCUGGCCCAGCUGAGAGCCGACCUGGAACGGCAGGGACACGAGUACCAGUUGCUGCUGGACAUGAAGACCAGGCUGGAGAUGGAGAUCGCCGAGUACAGGAGGCUGCUGGAUGGAGAGCUGUUCAGCCCACCAACCUCCAGCACGACCCGCAAGGUGCUGAUCGUCACCAAGGAGAUCAGUGACGAGGAGGACAGCUCUGAAACUCAGCAGACAGAGUGAGACGCCAAACAUCUGUCAACAUGCCGCCAUCCGUUCUCAGAAAUCCACAAAUAAAACACCUCUGAUGAACUGA